AAUGGCUCUUCAGGUCGAUGGUGACGUGAGCCGCUGGAGUGUUCAGCAGGUGGGCCAGUGGCUGGAGACGGAGGGCUUCCCUGACUAUGUGCCAAUACUGUGUGACCAACACCGUCUGGAUGGCCAGAGUCUUCUGAGCCUGAGGGAGGAUGACCUGCGCAAGCCUCCCCUGCAGAUGACCGUGCUGGGGGAUAUUAAGAGAAUCAUACUGGCAGUGCACAGGUUGCAGAGCAAGAAUCCUUCAGCCAUGCAGGAGCUGGGACUGACCCACUCAGAUGGAUACCCUUCACUGGGGACCACCACGCAGUGCCAUGGCAGACACCCACACGGAGGGGCAUGCGAGGGCACAGUAGUGUCCGGACUGCAGGCACCCUGCCAGGGAAAUGGGCACCAUCAUCAUCAUCAUCACAGUCCAAGCCCAGAGCCCUGGCAUCUGUCCAACGGGAAAUGGAAGGAUGAAGAGUUAGAUCCUGAGUACUGGAAGACGGCCCUCAGUGUUGUCUACUUCUUGUUUGUUUGUGGUGUCACCGCCUUCGUCAUGGUGAUUGUACACGAGCGGGUACCCGACAUGCGCACAUAUCCUCCCCUUCCUGAUAUUUUCCUGGACAGUGUACCCAGAAUCCCAUGGGCCUUCGCCAUGGCUGAAGCAUGUGGACUAACCCUUUGUACCAUGUGGAUCCUGGUGCUGCUAUUACAUAAGCACAGGUCCAUUUUAUUCCGCCGCCUGUGCUCCUUGGUGGGGACUGUGUUCCUCCUGCGCUGCAUCACCAUGCUCAUCACGUCGCUCUCGGUGCCAGGCCUUCACUUACAGUGUUCAGCAAAGGUGGAUCUUGACAACUGGGGAAAGAUACAGAGAGCGCUGACCAUCUGGUCCGGCAUGGGGAUGACUUUGACUGGAGUUCACACCUGUGGAGAUUACAUGUUCAGUGGGCACACGGUGGUCCUCACCAUGCUCAACUUCUUCAUUACUGAGUACACUCCACGAGGCUGGUAUUUCGUUCACACUGUGUCCUGGGUGUUGAAUCUGUUCGGGAUCUUCUUCAUCCUUGCUGCGCAUGAGCACUACUCCAUCGACGUGUUCGUGGCCUUCUACCUGACCACGCGGCUGUUCCUGUACUACCACACGCUGGCCAACACACGGGCCUACCAGAGGAGCCGCAGGGCGCGGGUGUGGUUCCCCCUCUUCUCCUUCUUUGAGUGCAAUGUGGACGGGCCCGUGCCCAACAGGUUCUGCUGGCCGUUCUCCAGACCACAUCUUCUGAAGAUAAUUAUUGGCUAGAGAACAAAGGGAAGGGUGUGUUUGGUGUGUCAGACAGGGAACGCUGGAUUGGACUGGAUGGGACUGGUUGGUGAAACCUGAAUGUGUGUGUGGACAGACAAUGUUUUGUCCACAUACUUUAUGUCACACAAGGUUUCAGUUAUCUGUGAUUUACCACGCUCAGAAAAUGUUUUAAAUGGUUAUAUGG